AGGACAUAGCCUUUGGGUAUCGUAUAGUGAGCAGACCCGAGUUAUGGCUCGUUGGCAAUCAGACCACCUCUCUUAGUGAAAUCAUACACAUUCGUUGCGUUGCAUGGACUACAAAUCCUGCGGAUCGAUCUAUUGCCGAGAUGCAGUUGAACCCACCAGUACCGCCCAAGAAUUCUGUGAGAGUCACCACCAAUGCAACUAGACGGGGAGGCGUGAUUAUCCGCACGGUGGACCAACGCCAACUUGCAACACAAAAUGUCAGCUCUGAUGAAGUCGGCUGCAUAAUGCAGGAUAGGCUAAGCAAAGAAAAACACCGCCUUGUUCGGGGACCACAGGUUGUGUGUAGACAGCCUGAUGAUAUAGGGGCAUUACCGGACUACAUUGGUUCUUAUCCACGUAAUGCAGUGGUUUCAUGUGUGGCAUCACCCACCUGCUACGAUCUUCGGCUGCGAUGGCAGUGGGUGGCCGGCCCUGUUCCGCAAAUCACAGUUGAAGUGGAAAAUCUAGAAAUUGUGAAAUACAGUGAAGGAAACCGCUUGUUCCUAUCGUCCUUGCGUCGGAGUGGUACUUACAUAUUCAGCUGCAUUGCACAGUGUCACUGCGACAGUGAGCAAUUUACAGUAGUGCAUCAUCAGCGUAUCAAUCUCGAACCUAGCAAGGAUUCGCUGGAGGAUCAUUGGUUCUCGCAGACUAAGCAUGAAGAUGAGCGAAUGGAAUCAGAUAAAGAGAAAUUUGAAAGAGUUCGGUCCUCGAUGGAGUCACCAGAAACAUUUACUAAACCGUGGGAGAGAGAGAUAACGUCGAUGUCUGUUGAUGAAUUUAGUUACCAAAAACCAGGGCAAGCAGAAGUCUCGGAGAAAGCUGCGGCUGAACGCGCGGCGACAGCAGUUACCUCUGGAUCACCAGAGAGCGAAACACGCUGUCUUGCUUUUCGGUUAAUAAAACAAAGUGUUUUGGAUGAUUAUCAACGAUACACAUUCUGUCGCAUGAAGGAUCAGUCAAUGGGGGUCGUCUUCUCACGAGGUAAGUCUCAUCAGCAUAGUGAACCGCGUCUUCCUCCGCGGCAGUACCACCAGACCGUUCCACCAAGCAUCGAUGAACGGUUAUGGUAUGAAACACUCAAGCCGCCUUACCGUACCAUUCUUUAUCUCCGUGACGCAGUAGUGGGUUCCGACCGUGAAGUACUGUCACAACAGCAGCGUAAAUAUACGUCUGAGGUAGAUAAACUACACCUUCUAGAGAGACGGAAUUGGUGGAUGUCCUCGGCAUCAUUACGUGAAAUGUCCCGAAUCAAGAAUCAAGUUUCACUAAUACAACUGGAUCAUCAAGAAGUGCAAAGAGUAUGGACAGAUAAAGAGACGCAUCUUUUUCACGUUCGUCAAGGGCUACCCACCCAAAGACGACGAGUGUUAUCACGAGUCUUACCAAUUGAUGAGAGGCCAGUGAGUACCGAUUCGAUGAUGUUUCCACCGUUUGGCAUCAGACCAUCUUUCUUCGGAUCUGGUGGAAGUUCCAAACACAUGGAGGAUAGUCGAACUACAAGAGAGAGAGAAAGGCGACGGUAUAUGUCACCGAAACGGGAUCAUCCAAAUGUGAAUCGGCGGACAAGGUUGGUAACGCGGUUGCAGCCGACUUGGACUCGGACCCCGUUAGACAGACGUGACUAUAUUGGUGGGAUACAUCCAUCUGAAACGAUGUCAGAUGCAGACUUGGCGGUUGGGAGAAAUUUGAACCAACCAUUGAGUUGGGCUCAACAGGAGGAAGAGCGGAACCAUUUUCUACGUAUAAUACCUGGAUCCACUGAAGUCGGCGUUACUCAUAAAAGGGGAACCAAACAUUCAUCGUCACGCCUUCCAUCACGUAUAACGAAUGACACCGCAGGAAGGACGGUACUCAACCACCACCGGGUUGGCUUGCCACAAUGGUCGUUCAUUAUUGGCUUAGACCAGUCCGGUGACUUCCAGUCACAGCUGGACACCCGGGAAAGGAAGUCUGACCAUGACCCUACACAAAGAUGGUAUAAUAUGUACGCACAUGAAGGGGAAGUGGAUGAAUCCCUAACCUUUUGGUGGCAGCAAGAAGGCCACCCAAAGUCUAAAGGUCGUAAGACUACUCUGCGUCGUGCACUAUUGCACCCCGAUGAAUGGAGCACAAAGCACGUCCACGAUCAAGCUGUUACAUGGACACAAUUUCUGCGUAGUCUACGUGAGUAUGUGAACAAAAAAUCACCAUUAUUUGGAAAACAUGGUACACACCAGGAGAGCAAAGACCCCCGAACGUCAUAUGAGGUCACACUGCAACCAGAUUUCGUGCGGCUGCCGGACAGCGUAACCGCCGUAUGUCCAAUCAUGCCAACCGUGAUAAGAGCCGAUUACCAACUGAUCGGUGUGAAAUGGUAUCGGUAUCCCACACUGAAUUCCAUACGGGAACUCAUUAUGAGCGUCUCCUUAAGAAGUCGGUUUCUAAGUGGGGGUAAAAGUAAACUAGGUAGGACAAAACGAUUUCUUGUCUAUCCCCCAUCCAAAUGGCCAGAUUCGUAUACUCUAGAUCUGCCAGAUAUUCAGUCACGCGACUACGGCUAUUACGGAUGUGCGAGUCAGUACCGACAUGCGAUUUCCGGUAGGCCAGAUGUGGAAGUGGUCAAGCUCAGUCCCAAACCUCUGUGCAUCGUUCCCCCACCAGUAAACCCAGUUUUAAGAAUUGCCGAAUUGACUGGUGACUCGGCACGAUACAUCCCUUCUGUCGGCCGGCUAUUGAUGAAUUCAAGUGAGCAUCAGCUGGGUGUCAGAUCUAGGAUGGAACAUACGGGUCGCGAAAAGUGCUUCCAACCAGGGGAUCAUAUUAUUGUUCAAUGUGCGAUGAACCCGUACCAUUUGUUUUGUGAAGCCGAAGACGAAUUGUUAUCCGGUUUACGAUUAGUGGACACAAUUAUGAACGGCAGUAUACAUUUACAAGUAAGUCAAACCCAGUGGAGCAAAGUUGAUCUGAUGAAGUCCGUAAUUCCGUCCUCAGUAUUGUCCAGCCUCAAAAAAGCGGAGUAUACAGGGCUUUCAGAAGAGUGGAUGUUACGCCUGGAAGAGAAGCAUGCAAAUGCCAUUUUAACUUGCGAUUCAAAACCGAAGCUUCGCAUACCGUUAGCCGGUAGGCUACGGUACUGGGAUUGGCUUAGCAGACAAUUUGAGAUCCCGCGCAUAAUGCAUCUGACCAGGAAGUCCAAUGCGUUACAGCUGUGUGUAAACACCCAGGGGUCUGCAAUCCAUAUUGACCCUAAACCCAGCAAACCUACACUCCAUGAAUCGUUUGGAAGACUAUACAUUCGACCACACCAUACGAUCAGUUGUACACUUUCAAGUCAUUUCGAUAAACAGAUCAAAUUUACAAUUCUUUCCAUUAAGCCGGGCAGCCUCACACAACCGGAGUCCAACGGCCAAACUGCACUCUCCCUCUGGCUCAGCCACCCACGCCUACGUGUGGUAGAAUGGCCCCGUAGCUCCAGCAGCAGUCAGGUGAAAGUGUUCAUACCGCCGGAUAAGACAGCAGUCGGUCACUAUCUUGCGAUCUGCUCUGUAACAGGAUCCAAUAUGAGCACGGUAAGUCAUUACUGGAUGAUUGAUCACACGGUUAACAAACGUUUACGGUGUAGCCAUCAGAACCAUGCCACCAAAAACAUUGAUUUGCCAUGAGCGCACAAUCCCUGACGUGGCCGCAAUAACAACAGCACUGGCACCAGAGCAUCCAAUAAACUGCGAUUAAGACUCAUUUGACUAACGUCUCCACUGUGUACACGAACUGGUAGUUAACCCGUUAAAAUAUUAGCUCAAUCGGGGUGAAACACUGUUCUGAAAGCAAAUUCGGUACUUUGUGUUCAUACACAAAUAGUCCAUGCCAAGAUAUGUGGGAGAAUCACAAUAACACGCAGGGGUUGAGGUGCACCAUCCAUGCACUUGCGCAAAUAAGCACCUUGAUAGCUGAAGAAAUUCACAUUAAUGCGUUUGCCAACGUAGGUGAGUAUCAGGUGAGUAUCAACAAAGCGCCGGUGUGUCGUAGCGACGCUUCGCUAUUACGCGAACAUUACCAGCAGUCGCUUAUUGACCGGGGAUACUGCGCGCCACCCACAACGAUAUAGACUCGAAUUGUGGAUUACCAAGAAGGCGUCUUAUCUGUUGACCGGGAGUACGUAGCUGAUCCAUAUUCAGAGGCGAUUGCACAGCUGGUUGGAAUUAUGGCCAGGGGAGAUCUAGGUGGUCAUGACAAGGAGAGCGGCCAAAUGCUGCAGCACCUGAUGAUCAUUGUACUCAUGUAUCCGCCGAUUUAAAUUCCUGCUAAAAUCCAAAGUAGCAUACUACAGCGCAUAGUGUGUGUUUAGCAGAGGAUGACGAACGAUGGCGGGCAUCAAUCCUCCAAUAGGCAAACUUAGGUGUGGGGCAAUAGCCUCUAGGCUGAAGGCCACUCAUCCGGUAUAUGACCACUUGGAUGUCACGUGUCCCAGUGGCGCUCUAUCUGGUUGAUCGCAGGGCGGAUGUUGAGUAACUUGAGACCCGUCCGAGGUAGGUAUCCACCAAAACGUAAGGGUGUUAUUUCCACACAGCCACAUCGAGUCUACAUGGUGAAUUGACUUACAUUUACGAGGGUAGCAGCAAUGAGGUCCGUAUAACGGCUGCUCAACUGUAUAAAGUUAGGAGGAGACAACCGGCCUCUCCCAGGAAUACUACUUCGUCUUGUUAACUAACCAGCCAUCUUGUCUAGUUCGG